GAGAUUUUUUUCAUCAGGAUUUUGAACGAUAAUGUUCGUGGUUUUUAUAGAACUGCUGAGAUGGUUAGCCACGACGCACUUCCAAGCGACCCACGCGCGACAGGCUUUCCCGUGCUUUGAUGAACCAGCCUUCAAAGCCACUUUCGAUGUGCACAUAGUGCGCUCGAAAAGUUACUCUUCAAUCUCCAACAUGCCUUUGAAACAAAGCCAAACCUUGGGUGAUUACAUCAGAGACUCCUUCGAGACGACGCCACCUCUGUCGAUGUACCUUUUAGCAUUUGUUUAUACGAUUUCAAAAGCAUCAAAUAUGGAGAUCACAGCAAGAGGUCUUAAAAAUUACUUAACCGAUAGGAGAUUCAUGAUUGUAAGCUCUAAUGACCUUAAUGGAUUGAAAAAGGCCAUGGAUGAAGAUGAAACGUUCUUGGAUGGAAUGAGCGUUUGCGAAAUAAUGGACACGUCGCACGCUCAAAAGGGAUAUCCGUUAAUAACAGCAACCAGGAAUUACCACGACGUAACGAUUCACUUAAGACAACACAGAUAUCUGUCGAACGGAAAUGGACCGAGCACCGAUGAGUUGUAUAAAGUGCCGAUAAAUUACGCGCUGACGGGUGAUCAAUUUGAUUCAACGAGUCCAGUUUUCUGGUUGAAACAUAAAGAGGAAUUAUUGAAUACUCGAGCGAAAGCCACCGAUUGGCUGAUCCUCAAUAAAAAUGUUACAGGUUAUUACAGGGUAAAUUACGAUGAGGAAAAUUGGAGACUCUUAACAGAACAAUUAAUGGACAGACAAUUGGAAGCUAUAACGCCGACAAAUAGGGCUCAAUUAAUAGACGACGCUUUCGAUUUACCUCUAUCUCCUGAUUUGAGCUACACAAUAGCUUUGAAACUGAUGCAGUAUUUGAAGAGGCACAGCUUCUAA